ACACACACAUGAUAUACACACACACACACACAUGAUGGUGAGCUCUGGUGCUUUAAGGGGAUCGACAGGAGGGUGCCUGCCCCUUUAAGCGGUCACGUGUGUGGCGGCGGGCCGGGAGCGGAGAGCGGGCGGAGAUGAGUUUCCUGGGCGGUCUGUUUACUCCGGUGUGUGACAUUGAUAUCGUUCUCAAUGACGCUGACAUCAGGAAAACAGCAGAGAUCAAGAGUGACGAUGGCAAAGUCGAGAAACAUUACCUGUUUUACGAUGGAGAGUCCGUCACAGGGAAGGUAAACCUGACCUUUAAACAGCCGGGGAAACGCUUGGAGCACAAAGGAAUUCGGAUUGAGUUUGUUGGACAAAUUGAGCUGUUUAGCGAUAAGAGUAACACGCAUGAGUUUGUGAACUUGGUGAAGGAGCUGGCCUUGCCCGGAGAGUUGACACAGAGCAGGACCUACGACUUUGAAUUCAUGCAAGUGGAAAAGCCGUACGAAUCGUAUAUCGGGGCCAAUGUCAGACUAAGAUACUUUUUGAAAGUGACAAUGGUCCGGAGUCUGAGUGAUCUGGUGAAGGAAUAUGACCUGAUCGUACACCAGCUUGCCACCUACCCUGAUGUCAACAGCUCCAUUAAAAUGGAGGUCGGCAUUGAGGACUGCUUACACAUAGAGUUUGAAUACAACAAGUCAAAAUACCACCUGAAGGAUGUGAUCGUCGGUAAGAUCUACUUCUUGUUGGUGAGAAUCAAAAUCCAGCACAUGGAACUUCAGAUGAUCAAAAAAGAGAUUACUGGUAUUGGGCCCAGUACCACCACUGAGACAGAAACUAUUGCCAAAUAUGAAAUAAUGGAUGGAGCCCCUGUUAAAGGCGAAUCCAUUCCAAUCAGACUCUUCUUGGCCGGAUACGAUCUAACGGCAACAAUGAGAGAUGUUAACAAGAAGUUCUCCGUACGUUACUUCCUAAAUUUAGUCCUGGUUGACGAAGAAGACCGGAGGUACUUCAAACAGCAGGAGAUUGUACUAUGGAGGAAAGCUCCCGACAAGCUACGGAAAAGAACUAACUUCCAUCAGCGCCUGGAGUCUCCAGAACCACAGGCCUCCGCGCAGCAACCUGAGAUAUGAGCAAAGAAAAAAAAAAAACGCCAAAAUCGACAUAUAUGGUUACUGUGUCCCCCAACCUUCUCCAUUCCUCCGUGACACUAAAUCUUUCAGAAAACAAAUGUUUUAUUUUUUCUCUCCUCAAACACUGGAACACUUAAAGCUCUCAUUUUAUACCUGAUCAUUUGCAACUCGUUUCAACAUGCACUAAAAAUCUCUGCAGAGCCGGCUGUUUGUUUGGUUCUGUAUUUGCACACAGGCUGAUCUAUUUAUGCUGCUUCGGCCCGGGAUUUGCCGUUCACGGUGUACAGGUGAUUCAUGUUUUCUCGGGCAGUUAACAGUUAACGAUUUUAAACACACUGGGUUGUGGGGGUGAAAUUUCAGGAGUGUGUUUAUUUUCUUUUGUACAAUUCAAAUUUGGUGAUUGGUCCUACUUCAGUCAAAGUGUCUUUCACCUGCGAUGCUCUGCGGUGACACCGCUUCAGAAGGCAAUGGUCCUGUGAUCCUUCCCUGUUCCCGACUUCACGCACAGGUCCUGGGCCCCAUAUUUACCAAAGGAUAAGCACUGUGCAGUUCCUGAGCCUGUAACCUGGACUGACAUGUGUGGGAAGGAACCGCACUUGCUGGUUUAUACCGAAGAUAGACACAAAAUGCUGAAGUAACUCAGCGGGGACAGGCAGCACCUCUGGAGAGAAGGAAUGGGUGACGUUCCGGGUCGAGACCUUACUUCAGUCUGAAGAAGGGUCUCGACCUGAAAUGUCAUCCAUUCCUUCUCUCCAGAGAUGCUGCCUGUCCUGCUGAGUUACUUCAGCAUUUUGUGUCUAACCUGGACUGAGAUGCAGUUAUUGUCCAUGCAGGUAGCUGAGUAAAGUUUCCAAUUUCCCAUUGUUGGAACGUCGGUCGCAAGUUUAAAGCCACUUAACGCCAGAUACUUACCCGCAUGUCCAUCCAUGUCUGAUAUCAAUAAAUGGAAAAUUGGAAAAAUUGCGUCUGUAGUAUCUGUACUCACACCAGCCUGAAAAAUGUAUCCUAACUAUAUUCAAUAAAGUUUCUGCCAGUGUAUCUAA